GCUGGAGGAAAGGGAGAGCAAAUACACCAGAGGUGGGAAGGUUUGCAGAGUCUGGUUUGGAGGUUGGAGCGGGGCAGGAAAUUCACAGCGUGGGGAAAGGAGGAGGCCAGGGUGUGGCAGACCUGCUGGGAGUUAUUUACUAAGUGGCCUAGAUUCUAGGAACAGACCCAGGAGGUUUGGAGGUGGAAAUGCCCUAAUUUGUGAAGAGAGAAAAUAACCCACCUACAUGGAGCUAGUCAAACUGACCAGACUCCUAGUGCUGGAGCCUGACCUCAUUAACCAUCAGCUGCUGUGAGAUAUAAAGGGGACACCCAUGAGUCAGGCUUAUUGGAGCUGCCUCUCCCUUCAUAUCCCGCUCCUCACAAUGAGGAGGGUGUUGGGCAUCCUACCAGCGAGCUCUCCCUGGACCCUGCUAGGGGCUCCAUCUCCUGUAUCAGUCAGUGGCUAGUAGGGGGGUGAUGGAUAUGCUGGGAGAGAUAAGGGGCUCUCUCUUCAUCCCCUCACCCUGGCAUUUGCUGGAUACUCUGAGCCAGGUCGAGGUGGGACUCUCCUGACUAUGAUCCACCCAGAGCUUCCAUUUGAUUCACUCUUCUCUGCCACAAAUAGUGGGGCUGUGAGUGGGGCAGCAAGUCCUUAGUGUUGGACUCUUACUCUUUCAGGGGCUGGUGACCUUCAAGGAGAUGGCUAUGUAUUUCACCAGGGAAGAGUGGGCUCUGCUGGACCCCACUCAGAGAGCCCUCUACUGGGAUGUCAUGCAGGAGAACUAUGAGACUGUGACCUCGCUGGGCCAGAGAAUAACAUCCAUGUUUCGCUGCAGAUCAUCUCGUCCUCCCAGGGGCAAGGAAAUGGCUGCAAUGGAGCUGGCUCAGGGGCCGGUGACCUUCGAGGAGGUGGCUGUGUAUUUCUCCAGGGAAGAGGGAACUCUGCUGGACCCCACUCAGAGAGCCCUCUACAGAGAUGUCAUGCAGGGGAACUAUGAGACGAUGGUCUUGCUGGGUAAGGAUUCCUGUCCCUUCUGUUCUUGGAAGGGGAAAUGAAGAGUGAAGGUUCAUGCCACCCCCACAAUGCCAUCUGUACCCUGUCCUGUUUCAGCAUCACCCCAAUAGGCCAGUAACGUACAUACUACCAGAGACCCUCCUCUGCUGCAGAACACUUUGGGAACAGA